AUCUAAUAAAUAAUAAUCAAAACGAAUGACUAAGUUCAACAUUAAAGUCCGGUUAUCAUCCGACUAUUAUCAAUCUUAUUUGUUCAGUGAAGUAGUAGAUAAUCGUGACAGAGGCCGCUAUCCGGCCGCGAGUGACAAUGGCUGCGAUACAUCACGAGCCGAGUGACACCGCGCGGCAACGACCUCCGCCCGAGCUAAUUGUUAGAUAAUUGCAAUGAAUGGCUCCUCGCAGCCGCAGCGACUAGCGCAAACACCGCUGGAUCAAUCCAUGCACUACACUACACCGGCCGUUGCGUUCCAUUCCAACGCCAAACAGCCCUUCAUUAUCCGACUGAGCGUACUCUGUCUCGCUCCCGCCCGAGCGGCGAACCGAUAAGCGCGUCUCCCUCGCCCCCGCUAGCCGGCGGGGACACGUCACGCCAGCGUCGCUCAGUUCCCAGCUCCGCCGCCGGUAGCACCGCGGCGCUGACGUGCGUUACGCUACAAAGCUAAGCUUGUGUUUCAAGAUUCCUCUGUUAUUUGUUUAUCUAUUGGAUUUGAUAUUGCAGAACAGUGGCAUUGACUAGCGCCCGUGUGAUGUAUUGAUGUGACUGAGUGUGUUCGCGGGAUCGAGUGGAGCCCGACUCGGGAACGAGGUGGCUGUGUUCGUUUGUGUGCUGAAUGGUGAUUAAAAAUCUUCUUUUACGGGUGUUGAAGAUCGGUCGUGGGGUAUCGAUCGUGUUUUGAGACAAAGCGUGGUGGAUUGAUGUGCCGGCACCGGAGGACAGCAGUUGAAGCCUGAGGUGUGGCUGUGGUGCAGUGCAGAUCUCCCGGAUGCCAGUGCUAGUGAUGGUGACGGAGUAGUGGUUUACUCCAUGGUGUUUGUGUAAAUUGUGGUGUGUACAAGUGCUGAAUGGAUUGUGUCACAUUUGGAUUGCACCAGCGGAUCAUCGGUCGAGCAAGUUGGGAACGGGCUACAAUGGUGUGUGGACGCGGCGGGCGGCGGGGGGCGGCGGCGGCCCGACGGCGCGCAUGGCGGCGCCAAUGAGGGAGGGCGCGCCGGCCGGCGGAGCUCGCCCCGCGCCCCACAGCCACCCCGCCAACUUCGAGUACGAUGACAACGAGUGGGACAUCGGCAUCGGCGACCUCAUCAUAGACCUCGAUGCCGACAUAGAGAAGACGGACGAGGCGGGCGGCAUGGCGGCGCGCGCCGAGCCCGACGCGCAGCGCACCGCGCUCAAGAUGAAGAUCAAGCGCACCAAGCCCGGCACCAAGAGCUCCGAGGCCAAGCACGAGAUCGUCAAGUCCAACGAAAUGAACGGCGAGCCCAAGCAGCCGCCCGCGCCCGCCUCGCCCGCCGCCGCCGCCAAGCGCGGCUCCGGGGGCCACCGGCGGGACAAGGCCCGAGACAAGCACCACCACCCGCACCCCCCGCACGACGUCAACGGCGUCACGCGGCCGCCCCCGCCGCCCAACGCGCCCGGCCCGCCCGCCGCCGCGCCCGCGCCGCCGCCGCCCGCCCCCGCGCCCGCCGGCAGCAAGCCCGAGCCGCGCGUGCCGCCACCCGCUGCGCCCGCGCCCCUCCCCGCCCCCGCGCCCGCGCCCCCGGCGCACGCACAGCCCCCGCCGCCGCCGCCCGCGCCCGCGCCGCCCCCGCCACCCGUAGUCAAACCUGAACCCGACGACUCACGGCAAGACCCUGGGAACUCGCAGCCUCCAGCCAAGAAAAUUAAAACUGAACCAAAGGAAACAGCAGAAGUAUGCGUGGGCACGUCGGUUGGCACCAUCACGGAGCCGGACUGCUUGGGCCCCUGCGAGCCUGGUACCUCGGUCACGCUGGAGGGCAUCGUGUGGCACGAAACGGAAGGUGGUGUACUGGUGGUGAACGUGACGUGGCGGGGGAAGACCUACGUGGGGACUCUCCUCGACUGUACCAGACAUGAUUGGGCGCCGCCACGGUUUUGUGACUCUCCGACGGAGGAGCUGGACGCGCGGACGCCGAAGGGGCGCGGGGCGAAGCGCGGGCGCGGCGCCGCCCCCACCGACAUGACCAACUUCACCGAGACACGGUCCUCCGUGCACAGCAAGCUGCGCAACGGGGGCGCCAAGGGCCGCCGCGCCCUGCCCUCGCCCACGCCCUUCACCCCCCCGCGCCCCGACUCCAAGCGCAAGCGAGCGAGCGAGGAGGAGCGCCCUCCAACGCCCAAAGCCAAGCGACCGCCGCCUACACCUUCAUCACCACCACCCAGCCCGGUCUUACUCGAGUGUCCAGAACCAAACUGUUCUAAAAAGUACAAACACGCGAACGGUUUGAAAUACCACCGCUCGCACGCGCACGGCUCGCCCGAUGAUGAAGACAAGGACUCGAGCUCCGAACAAGAGGAGCCGGCGGCCGAGCCCGCGUCCCCCGCGCGCCCGCCCUCCGCCCCCGCGACGCCCGUGAAGUCCCCCACUCCUGUCAAAUCACCAGAAAAAGUAGAAAAGUCUCCUGAAAAGGUGGAGGAGAAGGCGGAGUCGCCGCCGCCGCCGCGGUUCGCGGAGGAGUUCUCGGCCAGCCCCGCGCCCCCCGCGCCCGACCGCCCGCUGUCCCCCCCCGCGCCGCCCUCCACCCCGCCGCAGGACCCGCUCACUACCAUGCAGCCUACACACUUCAAAGUGAAGCCGCGCUCAGCACUCAUGCCAGCCGAAGAGCGUAAGUCGACCGAGUCGCCCCCAGACGAGGCGGGCGGCAAGCGGCGCCGCCGGUCGCCCACGCCCGGCGCGCUGGGGCGCAGCUCGCCCGCCUACUCCGAUAUCAGUGACGAUGCGGCGCCGGCCGAGGGUGUUCAAGAGGCGGAGGCUGAGCAUCGACCCUUCCCGGUUUAUCAUCAGUACUACGGGCAGCCGUCGUACCUGCCCCCGCCGCACGCGCCGCCCGCGCCGCCGCCGCCCGAAAAAGGGAAGGAAGACAUCGGGAAAGGAGAGCCCAAGCCUGACCAUAAGGACGGAAAACCCGACAACCAGCCUCCAAAAGUGCUUCCGCAACACUUCUACCCUUACAACUACGUGCCCAAUUUCCCUUACAACGUGGACGCAGGCGCGGCGCCCCCUAGCGGCAACAUCGAAGACAAGCCGAAAGAGCAAGACCGGUCCAAGACCACGCCCAGUCCCCUGGAUAAGAGCAAGCAGCCGCGGCCGCCCGAGGGCAAAGAGAAUCCAGCCAGGCCGAAUGACAACCAUCAGAUACUGAAGGAGAGCAUAGAGAUGAAGGCCCAGAUGGGGCCGUACGCGUUUCAACGACCGCCCAAUUCAAGGGAGGAGGAGUUGAGAAGGUAUUACAUGAGCCUGGAGCAGCGAAGGAAGGAGGGAGCGAGCGAGGGGAAGCCCCCCGGGGCGGCGGCGCCGGCGGCGGGGCGGCCGCCGCCGCAGCCCGCGCACAAGCCGCCCCCAAAGGAAAACAAGGACGAAAAGCCUAAGGAAGACGUCAAAGUGAAACAGGAGGGACAAAAACCGACUACAGAAACGCAAGGCCCGCCUCCGCCACCGACGUCUCAAUACUAUCUACCGCCAUACAUGCAGCCGCCACACUACGGCGGAUUGCCGUUCGAUACUGUAUACAGAGCGCCGCUGUCUCCGAUGUUGGUUGGAGGGUUUGGAGGCGGCUGGACAGUACCUCGCUACCACGCGCCGGAAGACUUGUCCCGGCCGGGGCAGGGCAAGAUGGAGAUGCUGCCGGGCCAGCACGGGCAGUUCGGCGGCUACCCUCCGCACAAGAUCCACGAGCUGCAGGAGCACGGGAAGUCGCCGCCGGGCAAGCCGCGCGCGGAGGCGCCGGGCAAGGAGCGCUCGCCGCCGCCGCAGCGCCACGUGCACACGCACCACCACACGCACGUCGGCCUCGGGUACCCGCUCUACGCGCCGCCUUAUCCUGCGGCGGCGGUGCUGGCCAGCACGCAGGCGGUGGUCAACGCCUUCCCGACGCCGCCAAAGUGAGACAAACAGUGACGUGAAUAAGAGAUUCGCGCAAACUUUCCGACUUUCAGUGAACCUCGAAUUCGAACUAAUCUCUUCGCCAGUAGCCAUAAUUUUAAACUCUGUGAUCUCGCGUAACCCACGUGUGUGUGUGAUGUGCGCUUUGAAUGUGUAGUGUGAACUGAAUAGUUACCUGAAUUAUGUAGACUUUGUGUUGUGGGACCCCGAUGUGAACUGUGCGGACCUAGUGUCUCCCGUCUAUACUUUCAUUGUUUUAUAUGUCUAAUAGUGAAGCACAAACUAGUUUUGUACAUAUUAGUGUUAUGUGUAAAUUACCUUAACGUUUUGUUAUUCCAUAAGGACUUACUGUAGCAUAAAGAAGAACAUCGAAUUCUCCAAUAUGAUACCUUCUGGGCAUUGUACUGACGUUGGAAGCCCCUUUAGUAGUAUCUCUCUAUGUGAAUCCAGCCUAUGAUACGUGAAACUGCAUUCCACAGAAUCGAACGAAGAAUGGGAGUAAUGUAAGAUUAAAUUUAAGCAUAACAUAGUUUAAGAUUAAAGGCGUCAAUGUGAUCAUACAAUAUGAGUAGUGCACAGAUUGUGAAACGGAUGGCUCACUUUAUUCAUUCUAGUACAAACUCUAAUGAGUUGUAAUGUGCACGCGCUAGCAACCUAUAAAAUACUGUCGGGGGGAUCGGGAUCCACCGAAGAGUGAGCCAUCUGUACUUUAAGAUGUGUUAGUAGCGUGCACAAAUCGUAUUCUAUCACGAUACUUAAUCAUUGGGAGAUGAGUUGAAUAAUAAUUAUUGUGUAUUAAAUAAAUAACGUGGUCACUUGGCAUCUGACCCAAUAACAUUCAGCAUUCACCAUCAAACAGAAAAUUUGCAACAGAUAUUUUACAUUGUAAUGUGUAGAUUUUCGAUUCGCUAAAGAAUCGGUGAUUAUUGGGCAUAUGGCAAGUUGUGUCUAUAUGUAGUAGUGAGCAACCCUAUAGAUACCCCAUACACCCGAGGCCAUGUGUCUGCUUACCUCACUGUCAGAUAUAUUCUCAAAUGCAAGGGACUAGCUAACUGUACCUUCUGUACUGCACAAGUGUUCAACAUAGUGUUACUGUACUCUAAGAGCCAAAUUCUACUUCAUAUUGUAGCCGUAAUGUUAAUUUGCAAUCGUCAUGCAUUUAUUUGUUAGCCUCUACUCUCGUCAGGUAAUCAUUUUAACUUGUCAUGUCUUUUACUUGUGUAAAUGUUAACUGCUAAAUUGUUAUUUAAGUAUGUGUAUUUUUUGUAAAACGUUGACGUUAUGUAAACUAAACAAUUUGAUUUUAAAACCUGACUCUCAACCGCCUACAGGUUAUAAUAUUGUAAAAAUGGGUAACAUUAUUGCUUUUGACUAUCUUGCGUCGUCAUUCGUGCAUCGUCGUAAUCUUUAAAAUGUUAAAAAAAAUAUGUAAUAAUGUUAAUCAAAUGUAAACAUUAUCAGUGACAGUGCCAGACAGUGGAGUAGAGCUAUUUCCUUCUAGGUAAAAGUUAUUGGUCUAUGAAAUGUGCAAUAUAGAUCCAUAUAAAAAUAUGUUUACGCUUAAAUGCCACAAAUUAAUUACAACUAUGUCAGAAUAAGCAUCUCUCUUCUAUGGACUGAUUUAUCUACUGAUAACACCUUUUAAAAUUAACAUUAAAUUAUAAUUGUUUACUUAAAAUACAGUCUUCCAAUUGGUUGAACGCCUACCUGAUAUAGUUAACAAUUAUGUUUGCAUUUCGAAAUAUGUUUCCUAUUAUUAAAACAGCUAAGUAGAUUUAAAGUUUUGCUCUCAACACCUAACUUAGGGAAUAGAUGUUUAAGUGUUUUAUUUGUGUGAAUGUAUGAAUGGUGAUACGACCGGGGGACCCUGCCCCUUGUCGAAUAGGUUUACGAAAAAACAAUUUUAAAAUGUAUCAAUAUCCCAUUUUGAGAUUAAAAUCAGUUGAUUUGUAUUUCAGUAUUUAAAUUCCAAUUGUCAUAGGUUAAGUGGGGCCUAAAGAUGUUUUAACUAUUGAUAUUGUCAUGUCGCGACGCGGAGUCGACGCCAGUGAUUUUACAAAUUUUGAUAAAACUGGAAUUGUUUGUCCAAGCAUUAGUGAUCGGCCUGUGGAUGUUCGCUGGUUGUUACAUGUGAGUAACAUAGAGCGUGCGUGUGACGCGCGAGUCACGCGUGGAGACGCCCCGUGCCACAUAGACUGAUGGUUUACUCUCAACAUUACGCUUCAUUAUGUUAGUGAGCGCGUGAGUGAAUGUCAAGUGGUUAAUGAAUCAUUGUAUUUAUAAUUGUACCGAUAUAUCCUAUAAUAUGAACAUUUGUGUAUUUUUUUGAUGUAACUAAAAGCCAAGUUUGAUUUUCUUAGAAAAGAAUUCGAGACGUUGAAAAAGGGAAUAAUAAAGAUAAAUUAUUUCUUAA